UGACGGUGGUACUACCUACUGUUCAGAGAUAGUCGGGUUUAUUUAGGUAGCUAUUAGUAUUGAAAAUAUCACAAUAACACCAUAAACAGGUCUUAAUUGUAAGGGAUGUAGGAAUUCCCCAAGAGGAAGCCCCUGAUAUCUGAAAUCGGCAUAAUUUUGACAUCGUAUAAUGUUUGUCACAGAAGGCUUUACAUUUUUCUAUUGCUUCCAUGCCACAGCAACAUGAACGGUGGUGCAAAAAAUAGUGUUUUUUACCUUAGUUUGUAUUGUUUGUGUUUUGUGAUUGCACCUGUUGAAAUACAAGCUGGACUACUUUCAAGAUAUUCAAUCAACUAUGAGGAUACUAAACUAUGUUCACCUCCGUUGGGAGGCACAUGCGUGGAAAUUCGAAAAUGCCCAUUUUUUUCGGAACUCCUUGAUAGAUCUCCCAUUCCAAGACCCAGAAGUAUCGUUAAAAUAAUCAGAGAACACCAUUGUGGCUUUGAAAACAACAAUCCCAAAGUCUGUUGCUCAUCAAGCAUGGCAACCAGUACUACUACAACAAGUACGACGCCCAGGCCAACGUCAGUAAAAAAAGUACAAAGGCUGCCAGAAAUGUUCAAAGGUCUCAAACAUAAGCUCUCCAAACACAGAAACUAUCACCUGUUGCCCAAGGACACUUGUGGACCCAUUUCAGCAAACUCCAGAAUAACCAAUGGAAAAGGGACAAAUAUAGAAGAAUUUCCUUGGAUGGUACUAGUGGCAUAUGGAUCUCCAGAUGAAGAGGUCGAAUUUAGAUGCGGAGGAACUGUCAUCAACAAUAGAUAUGUACUCACAGCAGCCCAUUGCGUUCAUAAUUCAAACAUAACGGGAGUUAGACUGGGCGAAUAUGAUAGAAGCAACUCCGAAGAGGACUGCGACAGCAACUACUGUACAGCACCUGUUCAGGAUUUUUACGUCGAAAACGUCAUACCACAUCAGAAAUAUAACCCUAAAACAUUCGACAACGACAUAGCUUUGCUACGUUUGACAUCAGAGGCCGAUUUCAGUUACGGAAACGUACAACCAAUAUGUCUGCCUAUUGAAGAAAUGAAUGAUGAUCUAACAGGCAAAUUUGCCAUAGUUUCCGGAUGGGGUCUGACUGAAGAAGGGCUCAAAAGUUCGGUUCUACUCAAGGCCUCUAUACCAGUCCUGCCUAUAGAAAGUUGCAAGAACUUGUACAAGAGCUUUACCACUCUGACGUCACAGCAAAUAUGCGCAGGAGGUUACAGGGGUCGGGAUUCCUGCAAGGGAGACAGCGGGGGACCCAUGAUGUACGCAGGACUCAUACAGGGCACCCCCAGAUUCAUACAGUACGAAUCUGCAUCAUAGGCAAAGAAAUAUUAUGUUAUUUGAGUGUAUUUAUUUUUUAUAAUUCACUGUCCUUAUCAAUAACCACAGUGACAGAUACACUCAGAGUAUAUUAUAACUCAAAAUAAAAUAUUAUUUCUGCAACUACUGUGAUAUAAUAUAAGGAUGCCGAAAUUGGACUUAAUGGGUUUUUCAUGUUAAAGACCGUGAAAAACUGGACAUAGUGGUGUGUUUAAUCCAAUUCAACCAAAAAUGUGACUUAGUGGAUUUUCGCUGUACGCCCACGAUAUCUUCUUAUUCGAUCAUACAGUAUUCCAAUAAAUACAGUAUUUGACGUAGAUUCAAAAUGUAAAACUACUUUGAAUUGAUGAGACAUUCAAUCAUUAUAAUAGUAAAUGUCUAUGAAUGGUGAUGACUAAAAAGUGCCACCUUUUUACGUUAAUUUUUUAAUUUUUCUUUAAAAAUAUUACGGUGUACUUAAGUACUGUUAUGGUUAAAUGUGUUAUUUAAUAUUCACAAUAUUUCUU